AUGUUCUCCACGUUUAGCGACUGGGCGGUGUCGGCAGCCGACACUCUCGCGAGCAUCUCUAACCAGGGCAUCGAAGUAGUCCGUUACACGGGCGUCCUGGACGCUUUGGAGAGCGUGUCGACCAAUCCCAACUCGACCGCCGAAGCUGCCGCAUCGAACGAAAAGAUGCUAAGCGUGCCAGACAUCAUGACACCGCCGACCUCAUGGGCAGGCAGCGAAGAGGAGUGGGUGUGGUGUCUGGAAGCUGCUUUGCGUGACCCCAAUACAUGCGCCAUUACCCCGGCUAUCUUGCGCGCCGAUGCCCCGCUGUGGGAGGAAAUGAAGAAGACCAUUGCCCACCUCCUCGCACCCCCUUCAGAGCCUGGAAAGAAAGACUCGCCGACGCCCACGCCAACGGAUAGCGAGGCCGGAGGGUCAGCGGAUGUAGCUACGAAACUGUUCGAGAGGACGGGUGGCGCGUACACCCCAGCCUCGGAUCUGGUGAAGUACAUUCAAGAGCAUUAUGAGGUGUACCAAGUGCGGUCCUACAUUGUGCCGCGCUUCACCUCGGAUGAGGACUACUGGUUGAACAUUGCAUGGCGCAUGGGCUUAUACCAGCAGUGCACCGAUGCAGGGCAGCUCUUAGGGUUGAUGCAAACCCUGUCACGCCUGCCGCAACCGUUGCGCGAUAUUGCCGCGGCGAUGGAGCCGACGUCAUCACCCGCGCCCGCGACGUUUGGAAGCGCGCAACAUGAGGAGGGCGGCAACAGCCAUCAAAAUGGCGACGACGACAGGGACAGAAAAGAUGAAGCAGAGGCGCUGCAUCUAAAGGAUAACACAGAGUACUGGCACCGUAUUCGCAUGCAGUACGAGGCCAUCCAGGAGAAGCUCGCGUGGCUGCGGGAGAUGGAGGAGCGGGUCACAAAGGAGAUGGAGCUGGCGAGCGGCAACGUGAAGCUGCUAGGUAGUCUGCUGCAGCGGAAAGAGGCGUCGACGGCCCUCGGCGCCUCGGUGUUGGACAGCUGCCAGUACCACAAGGUGAAGCUGUCGCGGCUCAUCGCAGACAUCUGCGCUGCCCCCGCCGAGCACAGUGAGGGCACCCUGCUGGACUCGCGCUCGGGCACACUCUUCCACGCGCUGCUCAAGUGCAAUGACGACGUCAAAGCAGUUCUCGAAACAUACGCUGGCUACCCACCCAGUGGCCCUGAAAGCCCUAAGAGAGUAGAGUCAUCAUCCUCCGCAUCGCCGGCACCGGCGUCUACGAAGCAGAACUCGCCUGCGCCAUGCGAGGAGUCAACCACGGAGGCAAAUACCGAGGAAAGCACGACUUCUCCCCUGACAAAACCUCAGUGUACUAGUGGCAGCUGCCCCGUCGAACUUCGAGCGGCAGCCAGUGGAGGUGCUCAUCAGCCCGGCAGUGACGAUGUUGACAAAGACGAGGAGUCGUUUGAAGCAAAGCUGCCGUGGUCGAUGGACGACUGA